AUCAAAUUUUUCAGGCAGGACUUCUGGAGAAGAUUCCUACAAUAGACAUUUUGGAGAAAUAUGCAGAAACAGUUCUUCAGAGAAAUAUUGAGAGCUUAUAUGCUUGUGGAGUCGAUGAAAAGGAUGUGCACAAAGCGUUGAUUGAGGCUAUUCCGAGGUUACUAAAUUGGAUGACUGUUUUCAAAGGUUCACAGGACUCAAAUCGACUCACCGUUGAUUUUGGACAUGAUGGUGGACUGAAAAAAGCUAAUCUAUCUGAGCCAACAUCACCAUUGAUCUUCAUAGUCGGAAAACAACGAACCAGCUGCCUCAGUAGCUGUGUGAUCCACAACCAGUUGUGCUGCCAGACAGUGUCGCUGCCCUCUGCUGCCCCAGCCCUAACCAGCGCUUUUAGUAAUGCAGUCAGCUCCAGUAGGUGCACUCCAGCUGCUCAGAGCCUCAGCUCUAGCGGCCACCUUCUGUUCAGUGGCAAACGACCAGUUGUAAACACCUCUGUCCGACAUUUCACCCAAUCCAGCUGCGCACCUGCCCUUCUGUGUGCUGCUAACAGUUGCUUAGCCUCCACAAGCCGCACUUGUCUCCUAUGCACAUCCCAUAGUUGCAUCGGAUCUCUCGUGUUUACUCCUCAACUGCGAACAACUUGGAAGUUCUGUUUUAACCCGAUACUUACUGCCGAAUCAUGCCACUUAGUUGUGGCAAGCGGGGUUAUAACAGAAAUCAGUCGCUCUCAUGUUUCUGUUUCUUUUUCAAAGUGUUUACAUCUUCCUUGGAGCAACUCAUCUUCAGAGGCAGACGAUCUCUUUCAGGAGGUAUGGCGGAUCAACAAGGAUGAAGCGAUGACAACAUUUUCAAUUAUGAGGUUCAAUCUCGUACAACUUUUUCUGCCAACUGAGCGAAGUUCUUGUCUAAGGAAGAUGAUUGUUGACCUUCAGGACACUCUGAUUUUGCAGGCUCCUAGAUUUGACAGUGGAUGUAUAUUGAGUCAAGAUCCUGCAAUAUCGUAUAUUUGGUCCGAGAAAAGUUUGAAUGAUGAUCAGCGCCGAGCUAUUCUUAAGAUACUUGCUGCAAAGGAUUAUGCUCUAAUUCUGGGGAUGCCUGGAACAGGAAAAACAUCUACAAUGGUGCAUGCAGUGAAAGCGCUGUUGAUCAGAGUUUAGGUUUUUGCUGAAGCUUUGUUGGAAAACCAGGAUCAAAUUGUACACUUCUGCCUAAAAAGAGAAAAACACGAUUGUGGCUUAAGCUUCGUACUCUUGGAUUGAUUAAGACCAUCUGUGAUCAUGUCUUUCAUGCACUAACUAAACUUAAAACAAUAAUUUUUCUGGCAAUCAGUGGCUUUUAAAAUGUCGAAAUUCCAUUUUCUGUUUUGUAUAGAAUUGCUAUUGCAUUUUCUUCCACCUUAUUGAAAUUCAAA